AUGUUGAAAAGUGUGCUAGUUUUGUUAUUGGCUGCAUCUACGGUCCAUUGUGUCUGUCAGUUGGAAGAUAAUCCAAAAGCCGUCAUCGGUUGUCUGUCCAAUAUAGCUUCAGCCUUCGAAGCACUUUUCACAAAAGAUUUGACAGCAUUAUGCGAUACGGCAAAUGGCAUAGCUUCAUGCCUGAAACCCCACAUAAAAGAAUGUGUUGCAGAGCAGACUGGCGAACAAAAAUGUUUUUCAGCUGAUGGUAAAGUUUUAUUAACAAAUGGUCAAGAAAAAUUAAUUAAUCAACUGAAACAAGGCGAUCUUGUUUAUGCGUUUGAUAAUAAAAGUCAGAAUAUAAUUACAAGUGAAAUCAUUGGUAUGCUUGAUAGUGAACCAGACAAAUAUGGUUUAUUUAAAUCACUGGCAACCACUAAUGGUCGACAAUUAUCAUUAUCUUCAACUCAUCUAAUUCCUACAAAAGCUGAUGGCUAUCUGAUGGCGAAAAAUCUUCAACCGGGCAUGGAAAUAUAUGUUAUGACAUCUGAUAAACGGUUAACAGUUGAAACAAUCGUUAAUAUUACCGAUGUAUGGAAACAAGGCUACGCAGCACCGUUAACACAAUCCGGAACAAUAAUUGUCAAUGAUGUUGCUGCAUCAUGUUAUGCGACAAUAAACAGCCAUCAGUUAGCUCACUCUGUUCUCGCUCCCAUGCGCUGGUGGUAUUUUCUAACACAGAAUACUAUUUUUCACGCAGAUUCUAUCCAAAAUGGUAUACAUUGGUUCCCAAAAAUGCUAUUCAGAAUAACAUCGUUAUUGUUGCCAUCUAUAAUAAACUAA